UGUUAUCUUUCUAUAGAUAAAAUUUAUUGAGUAUUGUUUUUUCCUCAAUAUUGAUGUUUUUUUAACGGGUUUUCAUAAGAAAGAGGUUCUUCAUUCGACUGCAUUUUUUGCAGGCUUAAUCCUCAUUUCAAGAAAAAUAGGCAAGAUGACUAAUAAAGAAGAUAUGGACGAGCAAUCAUACAAUCCGCGAUUGGCUGCGUUGUUAGCAGUUCACCUCGUUAGUCAAGUAUUGGAUGAAGCGUACGUUAUAGCAAAUGCUGCAAGAGAAUCAGGUCAACCAUGGCAUUAUUUAUCAGUGAUGAAAAAUUUGAAGGUUAAUAAAGGUGAAGUGGAAGACGAGGAAUUUUCGUAUAAUAUAAUACCGAAUGACGACAACGACGAUGAUUUGAGAGAUAAGUUGGAUAUUGCUACCAAUAUUGUUGUUACGUCUACACCUCAAAAGAAUACUGACGAAGUUGUAAAAAUAAAGAAAAUGGAAACAAAUUUUAUUGGCCAAGGCGAUGAAGAAUAUAUACACUGUAAUGAAUUAACAAAAUCAACAUCCAUGUUUAUUAAUCAUCUAUUUGAUAUGAGCGAAGUCGAACAUAUGAGUAUGCCUGAUGAAGAUGAACUUUCAAUUAAAAAUUUUAAACCAGAUUUACUUAUUGAAGACAUAUCAAAAAUAAUAGAAUCUUACAUAAAUGUUGCCCUAAACAUCGGUUUUACCGGAAAAUAUCAAGAUAAUAUAACACAAAUGACUGCAAACACUUCUAGCAGUACAACUUAUUCAUCUUACUCAUUUCUAUCUGAUGUCUGUCUUAAUAAUAAAGAUAAUGAAGUAGCAAUAUUCACAGAUGACAGUAAUAAUGAUAAAAUACAAGAGUUAGGAUUGGAAUUAAAUGAAGACGUAGAGAAAACUAAUGUACAAUGCAUUAAAGAGGACGGGAAAAAUACUUUAUCAUUUGAAAAUGCUUAUUUAACUUUGAAUCGUGAUUACGAACAAUGUUCUGAAGAAGAUGGAGAUCCUGUAUUACAGGAUCCGAAGGCCCUUACAUUGCAAGAAGUAGAAUUGAUGACUGUUCACACUUCGGAAGUUGAUUUGUUUCCAUAUAAAAAAUCUAUUCAAAAAUCGAAGGUACUUAAAGCAAUAUCUGCAGCACCGGCCUCUGUAAGUGGAUCUCGCAAAAGCAGCUUAGUUCACCGUUGUCGUACACAAGGAGCUAGGUUACUGGCUUGCCUUCGCGGUUGGUGGAGACGCAAAACUCCAGGGAAACGAAAGGAGUCCCGUGGCCCAUUGCGUGGACUAUGUCCUUUGUCUCCAGAUGCUCGACGUCGCACUGCCAGCCUUCUUGAUCAAAGUCGGAUGCGCUCUCCUUCACCUUCACGGGCUGUCGUAUGGAAAUUCAACACUGUUAACGAAACUUUAGUAAAUUCCUCUCGUUGGAAGGAAUAUCCGUUCGAUAUCAGACCAGAUGAAUGUGGCGAAUAUAAUUAAUAUCUUAUUUUAAAUAUGUUGGCCCUAAUGUUUGCUUAUGAUUUAAAUAUUUUGUCAUUCUCUUCAGUUAAUAAAUACAGUUUUUUUUUAAUCAUAAAUACAAUAAUUUAGAGGACAAAAAUCCUUUAUGUAUGUAAGUAUUAUAAAAUUGAUAGAUUACUUACUAUGCUAUUACCAGAUGGAGACUUUGUACAAAAGUCGUUUGCUUGGGCACCUCUGUCCCAUUCAUGUUUCUACCGUGAAACAGGUGUUUGCAUGGUUUGCGUUUCGGUAUAAAGGGUAGGAUAUGGCAGUGAAUUUACAGGGUACAGAGGAAUAACACCUGAGUCCUCAGGAAUGGCAAAGCAUGGCGGGUAUCAUGGGCGAAACAGUAUACUCUGUUAUGUCCAUGGUACUGCUCAUGUCUAUAGGCGACGGUUACCAUUUUCCAUCAGGUGGACCGUCAACUUGUUUGCCAUUCUAAAUUGCAUAAAAAAAAAACUUGGAAUUACAUACAUGUAUCACAUAUAUCGAUCGAAAUAGUUUAGGACAAAUGUACAUAUAUC